UCUUACUAAAACGUCUCUACCUCUCACUUCAUUCUCUCUCUCUCACACACACAGUUUUCUCUCUCCUUCUCUUUCUCUCUCUAAAACUCUUUUUCCCUCUCAUGGCUCUUCCCCGGAAAACCAUUCAUUGUUUCGUCCAAAACCAGUGCGUGAAACGACCCUCCUAGGAUACACACGAAAACGUUACAAACGCACGAAAACAAAAGCGCCAUUGUCGUUUCGUUCUUGCGCUGUACUCUUUUGGAGGGAGCAGAGCUGCAAACAUGGGCGUGGGUUUUGGCCCCGGGCGUGUCGUUUGUUUCCUCGUCUGGUUUCUUCUACCGAGUUGGCGAGUUUUGGUCAACUCGGAGCCGACUCAGGACAAGCAAGCCCUCCUUGCUUUCCUGUCCGAAAUCCCACACGAAAACCGCAUCCAGUGGAACUCGUCCGAGUCGGCCUGCGACUGGGUCGGAAUCGAGUGCGACGCGAACAGGUCGUUUGUGUAUUCCCUCCGUUUGCCUGGAGUUGGGCUUGUGGGCCCGAUUCCUCCCAACACUCUGGGCGGGCUGAGUCAUCUCCGAGUCCUCAGUCUCCGCUCCAAUCGUCUCUCCGGUGAGAUCCCCUCCGAUUUCUCUAAUUUGACGUUUCUGAGAAGCUUGUAUCUCCAGAAUAACGCCUUCUCUGGCGAGUUUCCCGAGAGCCUGACUCACUUGACUCGCCUGACUCGCCUCGAUCUCUCCUCCAACAACUUCACCGGCGCGAUUCCGUUCGCCGUCAACAAUCUGACGCACCUGACCGGACUUUUCUUGGAGAAAAACGGCUUCUCCGGCAAGCUUCCGAGUAUCUCCAAUGCCAAUUUGUCGAGCUUCGACGUCUCCAACAACAACCUCAACGGCUCGAUCCCUCAGAGCCUGUCCAAAUUCCCCGAAUCCUCCUUCCGCGGAAACCUAGAGCUCUGUGGCAGACCUCUCCCUCCCUGCAAUCCAUUCUUCCCGGCUCCGGCCGAAUCGCCUGCGGGAACGCCUCCAUUGAUUCCGGUCAAGAAGAAAUCGAAUAAGCUCUCCACCGGCGCGAUCAUCGGGAUCGUUCUGGGAGCGAGUUUCGGCCUCAUUCUCCUCGUCCUCGUCCUCAUCCUCUGCCUCCGGCGGCGCGAGCGCCGGCAGCCAGCGAAGGCGCCGAAACCGGUUGCAACGAGCCGAUCCGUGGUCGUUUCCGGCGCGGCGGAGGCCGGAACGUCGUCGUCGAAGGACGACAUUACCGGCGAAUCGACGGAGACGGAGAGGAACCGGCUGGUGUUCUUCGAGGGAGGGAUUUACAGCUUCGAUUUGGAGGAUCUGCUCCGGGCGUCGGCGGAGGUUUUGGGGAAGGGAAGCGUCGGAACGUCGUACAAGGCGGUGCUGGAGCAAGGGAUCACGGUGGUCGUGAAGAGGCUGAAGGACGUGGUUGUGAGCAAGAAAGAGUUCGAAACCCAAAUGGAAGGUCUCGGAAACGUUAAGCACGAGAAUGUGGUUCCACUCCGAGCUUUCUACUACUCCAAGGAUGAGAAGUUGCUCGUCUACGAUUUCAUGGCCGCCGGCAGCUUGUCUGCUCUUCUUCAUGGAAGCAGAGGUUCGGGUCGGACUCCACUCGACUGGGAUAGCCGAAUGCGGAUCGCCAUCGGUGCUGCCCGAGGCCUCACCCACCUCCACGUGUCGGAAAAGAUUGUCCAUGGCAACAUUAAGUCCUCCAACAUCCUCCUCCGCCCCGACCAUGACGCAUGCGUCUCCGACUUUGGUCUCCACUCCCUCUUCGGAUCCUCCACUCCCCCGAACCGUGUCGCGGGCUACCGGGCACCUGAGGUUUUUGAGACCCGAAAAUUCACGUUCAAGUCGGACGUGUACAGCUUCGGAGUCUUGCUCUUGGAGCUCCUAACGGGAAAGGCUCCGAACCAGGCCUCGCUGGGAGAAGAAGGCAUUGACCUUCCCAGGUGGGUCCAGUCGGUUGUCAGGGAAGAAUGGACGGCUGAGGUUUUCGAUGUGGAGCUGAUGAGGUAUCACAACAUUGAGGAAGAGAUGGUUCAGCUGUUGCAGAUUGCCAUGUCGUGUGUGUCCACCGUACCGGAUCAGAGACCCGGAAUGCAAGAGGUUUUACGUAUGAUUGAGGAUAUGAACAGGGGAGAGACUGAUGAUGGGCUACGACAGUCGUCAGAUGACCCGUCUAAAGGAUCAGACGGUCAGACGCCUCAGACUGAGUCCAGGACCCCACCCAGCUCCAUUACGCCUUGAGAUCAAAGUUCAUGCAAUGUAAAGUAAAAAAGAGGGAGAAAGAAAGAAAGGAAAAGAAAAUAAAAGGGCAAAAAAGGAUAAAAAAAACGACAUGGGAAUGUGGUGGGUCGUCUUAAAAUGUGCACAAUGGCGUACAUUGCAGGAUUAAAGUGUGAAGUUGAUUGGAGGACUCGGUGGUGGUGGUGGUCCAAUAUUUGUUUUUUCUUUCCUUUUUUCCUUUUUUUUUUGUUAGUUU